UUGCUUGGAGAAUAAAAAUGGUGGCCGUUGUCGGCCUUUGCAAGGAGGCGGUGGGAAAGAAACGCUGUGGAGGAUCGCGACCAACCAUGGCAGAACCAAUGGAUCUGGCCCUGAAAAGUGAGGAUGACGGACAUGACGAUGACCUUGUGAACGGCGGGGGAGACGAUCCGAGUGGUCAUGUAUCCUCAGCAGCAACCGGCUCCUUGUUGGGUGCUGCGCCUGUUUCUUCCGUGGCUUCUGUCACGACGAGUGCCACCACGAGUGCCUCUCUGACUUGCGGGAAUGGUGUCGGCAGUCGGCAUCAGCCAGAAGCCGUCCUCGAUUCUCCUGCAGUUGUGGCGGGAAAGCGGAACAGAAAAGUUUCACACAAGUACAUGGACGAUGAGCCUGCGCAGUCAUCAGUUAGCGGUGGUGUAGCUCGAAGGUCGACAAACCAACUACAGUACAUUCAAAGGACUGUCCUGAAAGCUUUGUGGAAGCACCAGUAUGCCUGGCCGUUUCUCCACCCGGUUGAUCCGGUCAAACAUAAUUUGCCGGACUACUUCGACAUCAUCAAGGAACCGAUGGAGCUGUCGACAGUCAAGAGUCGUCUGGAAACUAACUACUACACGUGUGCGCAGCAGGCGGCUGAUGACCUAAGCCUGAUAUUCUCCAACUGCAAGACGUACAACAAGCCCUACGAUGAUGUAACCAUCAUGUGUGGUGAAUUGGAAAAGGUCUUUCUCGAAAAGAUGGAGAAGAUGCCGCCGAUGGAGGAAGUCACUCAGCCUGGCUCUGAGAAGCGGCAAGCACAGUCGACGACUCGUUCUGUCAAGAAAGAAAAAGAUGCAUCCCCGUCAAAGCCAGCCAAAGCUGCGGCUCAUCCACAGGAAGCAACAAAGUCGGCAAAGCGGAACAUCAUGACCACACCGGGACCGGCACCUGCGGCUGCCGUGCCUGCGCCCGCACCCGUGCCUGUCCCAAGCAGUGUACCCAUGGUGACCACAACAACGGGAUCCAAAGCGCAGUCUAAGAAGACGGUAAAGAGGCAACAAGCGGACACAACAACGCCAACCGCGGCGCCGGUGGCCGCAUUAUCCGUUCAGUCACCGCCUAGCGCUCGCAUUCCCGUCACCCUGCAGACGGCGCCGGUCGCUGCUCUGCCGAUGCAGUUGCCAGUGUCCCUGCCUGCACCGGUACCAGUGACGACCGCUCCGGCCAAGGUGCCAGCUGCCGCCACCGCUGCUGCUGCAAGUCCCGGGCCGGGCCUGCAGGUGGUUGGGGAACGUCGAGGGUCGGCGCGGACCGUGCGGAAGCCCAAGAAAGACCUGCCGGAAUCUCCUGUUCGUCAACGCCUGUCCGAACCUCUGAAACACUGUCAAAAGGUUAUCAGAGAUUUGUGCGGGAAACGACAUUCGAGGUACUCCUGGCCCUUUUUGCAGCCUGUCGACCCGGUAGCACUUGGCAUCCCAGACUACUAUGACAUCAUCACCCAACCUAUGGACCUUGGCACCGUACGAGACAAGAUGGAGCGCUACGCGUAUCAGUCCGCUGCGGAAUUCGCUGCCGACGUGCGCCUCGUCUUUGACAAUUGUCGCCGUUACAACACGCCUGACCAUGAUGUCGUGCACAUGGCCAUGCAGUUGCAGAAUGCUUUCGAGGAGCAGUUUGCGCAGCUGCCUGACGAACACGUCCCCGAGGAGAGCGAGGAGGCGACUGCGGGUGAGGAGACCGCAUCCCAGAGCGACUCUGGCAGCGGCGCCUCUGGCACAGAGGAGGCCGAGAGUGAAGGAUCGGAGAGCGAGUCUGACGAGGAGGACAGGGCUAAUAGGUUAAAGCAGCUACAACGCCAGCUUUCAAUUGUACAUCAACAGUUGCAUGAGCUUAGCAGUGUCCCUAUACCGACCAAGCGCAAGCACAAGAAGGCAUCCUCUAAACCCGAGAAGGCGCCCAAGGCUAGUGGCGCUGGUGCUGCCAAAGCUCCUCGAAAGUCUGCCGCCAAACCGAAAACGCCGGCGAAGACAGCUAAGGGUGCGAAAGCCACCAAGGCCACCAAGACGCCCACAGCGAAGAAGACGACAAAGAAAGCAGCAGCCGCAGCUGCAAAAUCUCCGCCUCCACCGCUCAGUGAGGAUGAUGACGAUGUGCCGGAGAUGAGCUACGAUGACAAGCGUCGCCUCAGUCUCGAUAUUAACAAAUUGCCUGGCGACAAGCUCGGCAAGGUCGUUAACAUCAUCCAGCAGCGCGAGCCGUCGUUGAAGGAUUCCAAUCCGAACGAGAUCGAGAUCGAUUUUGAAACCCUUCGACCGCGUACGCUACUGGAGUUGCGCAAAUUCGUUCAGCAGUGUCUGUAUAAGCCUAAGCGAGCCCCAGUCAAAACCAAAGGCAAGGACAGUGCGCAGAAGAAGCAGGAGCUUGAGCAGCGGCUGCAGGAUGUAAGUCAUCGGCUGUCUACCACUGGCGGCAAGAAAAAGAAAGAGGUGGCCAGCUCUGGUGUCGCUACGCCAUCUAGCACGAUGCCUGCCAUUCCAUCGCCUCACACCACACGCCUGAGUGACAGCAGUAGCAGCGACUCGUCAUCCGAUUCUGAUUCUUCUUCAGACUCCGGCUCGUCGAGUGAUUCGGACAGUGGCAAUGAGCUGUGAAUGUCUUUGUAAUCAGGCAUGAACUGCUGCUGCUUGUACGUGCAGUGUGAGAGAUGUGGUUCUAAGCCUGCUAGCUGCUCAGAAGUGUUUUCAAGUGGCUGCAAGAUUCCAUGGUGUAGUCCGCUCUACCACUGGCGGCUUGUGCGCACGACUUAAUAGUGGGUCGGGCGGAUUUGUUACGGCGACACUUGGCUUGGCACAAAUUUCUCCCCGACGGCUCUCUGCAAUGCACCUAAUUCUCCUGCGGGCAUGUUCGUAUGUGUGAAUACUCGACGUUGGUGAUUCUGUAGUAGCUGACCGCUAGCCCAGUACCAGUAACUGUGCAUCGGCAUAACCACCCGCGCUGUGUGCGAUCCAGUGUCCGCAAAAUCAUCUCCGCAACCCGGUGUUGUGGAGACCGUACCAGUACCCUGCAUGUAGUGAUUGCAGCUGCUUUGCGCUCUUAACCCGGGCUCCACGUCCCAGAACUCCACAUCUCGCUGCAAAGCUGGCUCGGCACGUAGCUGCAAUGCGGCUGAUCCGCUGGCGGCGACAAAAACACAAAACAACAACCUAAAGCCUGUGUGCGCAGUACGUUCUAAGCGUAAGCUGUGUAAGUGUGUCCGGCUUGCUCAGAAGGAACAGCAGCCGUCUAUAGUCACAGGGUGCGCCGCAGCCAGAGCUAUCAUCACGCCUUGCACUUGCCAGCUCCGCUACCCGGCACCUGCUAUCCCCAUAGUGCAGCGUGAGAAGGAUAGCGACAAUUGACAACGGACUGUCUCUACCACCGCGCGCGUGUGUGUGUGCCGACAAUCCUCUGCUGGCUUUGUUUACUUGAGUCUGUGUGCAUGUUGGCUUGUACACAUUGCAUUUUCCUGUUAGUCCUGUGUUUUCCUGCUAUAGUCUAAAGCAUUUGGCUUACCGCUAUUCCGUGCCUUUUUUUUUUUUUAUAGCUGAAUCGUAGUGAGCUGUAGUUGUAGAACUAAGUGCCUGCCCAUAGCAUCAUCGCCCUCACAAAAAAAGUAGUCAAAUUCCUCCUCCAUGUUGUGGUCGUCUUGUGCACCAUUCAUAAAAAAAAUGUUAAUAGGUGCUGUGGGUUUGUUAACCUUUGCCAUCAUGCGAUGCCCCCCCCCCCCCCCUUCCCCCUUUUUAUUACUUUCUGUGUGUCUUUCGAUCUUUUGUGUUGCUUUUGAUUGUGUCCGAACUCUGCUUGCACAGA